AUGCAAACUGGAAAUUUGGAUGCAUUAUGUGACAGUCACAGGAGACGAAGUUACAGUCUACCGCAACUUCAUGCUACUGCAUCCGGUAAAGAACACAGGCCCGAAGUAAACCAGAGCCACUUGCCAAAAUAUAAAUGGAGAACAAAUUCAAAGCAAGGAUACGGUGGACGUUAUAGUCUGAACAAAACAAAAUUUAGUGGAAAGGUUCAUAAUGAAAGCAUUCAAGAUCGUGUAAGGAUGCGAAAUCUGUCAUUUCGCGGACAAGGAGAACGAUUCUCACGCCAUGAAAAUUAUACUGUGUAUGAUGAGGUUUAUCAAUGUCUCCUACCGGAGCCGAAUCAACCGUUGGCUGAUACUACGGUACAGCCGUCAGCACCCAUAUCGACUGCCAUUAUGCGUUGUGAAUUAGGUCGAUCAGCUAAUGAUCGUGAUCAGUAUCACUGCAGUUUAUAUCGCCUUCUUCGUGUCAGUGUUAUGGCUAAAUUAAAUCGACUAUGCUUUGGAAGUGUGCGAAAAUCCUCGCAGAAAGUUCUUCUGAUCAAUCGCAGAAAUGAACGUUUCAAAUGGAGUGAUGUAUUAUGGUUACAGCUACAAGCGGUAGUUGCUGGCAGGCAAAUGAAAUUAGAAAGUGAUCAAAUUAAAUCAACUCGUGAACAUGAUCAAUAUCUUAUAGCUGAGCGUGAAAAACGAAAAUUGAUCUUGGAAGAGAUUCGAAAUUUUUGCUUAGACGAUAUAAGUGAGAUAACGUGCUCGCCACCUAUAUCACCAUCUGCAGAAAUUUUAAAUCAGAGAUCACUGAAGGCAGAAUUGAAAGCAGUCAAGGAUAUGUUAGAACGUUAUGAGAAUUUCGUAGCACUGUAUCCUAAUAUGAACAAUAUGGAACGUUCAACAAAUAUGGAUGAAUUGAUCAAAACUAGAAUUCUGAUUCUUUAUGCUUGGUAUAAUAUUACGAUUGAUUUGUAUGAUAGAAUAAGAGAGGUUGGUGUGAUUCUAGGCAUGUAUAAAGAUCGUAAUUCGACUCGACGCAUUUCACUUUCUCCAAAUGUUACAUUAAAUCAUGGUGUUGACGAUAAUCACUCGACUUCAGGACUUUUAUGGCCAUCAUUAGACAGUCCCAUGGAUGUAAAGGAAGUUCCCACAUCGUCACGAAAUUUAAACAAAAAAAGUCAAGCUUCAAGUCCACAAAAUGUGUUGUUAACACGUCAGUCAAAUACAAUCACGUCAGCUGAUUUACCUGCAUUGCUGAAACAACCAUACAACAUAUAUAGUGCUUUUGUUUCACGCAGUUUACGACGUAAAGGUAUGCGAAAAGUAUUGCAACGUUUGGAUAGCGUUUGUUGUAUAACUAUAAAAAAGGCUAUUGCAAUGUUGGAAAAAUCAUCAAUAACUUAUGCAGAAGUGGUGGAAAGUGGGAACAAGCAGCGGUCUGUGGAUUAUACUUUGUUUUCGCUAAAGCAGAAACGAGAUUUGCCACAGAGUUUAACAAAUCAUCAAGAAUUUUUGGCAAUGAAAUUGCCAUCAUUCCAGAAUUUGUUUCUGUUUUUAGUUCGAGUGCCACUUGAUCUUGUUCAUGAAUGGCUAAAAAUGCGUGGGUCUGCACAGCUCCCAUCUGAUUUGUUAACUCUACAGACGGUUAUGGAAGACUGUCACGAUUGCAUUGAGGCUGCAAUUGCUGUGAAGCAUCGAUUUGUAUCAUUGGUACAACUGGCUGGUGUCGAUAACAAAGUACUACUCGGUUGUCUGGUACCGUUUGAGGAUGAGUUAGCCGAGGUUUUCAAGAGUUAUUUAACAUCUAUUCGUGAUUGGGUACAUGGAGAAGUCAGUACUGAAGGAGUGGGUGCCGAAUGGACUGAACGAGUCAUUCAGAACUUAAUUUCACAGUGGACAGUAGCAAGACGUUUUGCCACAAAUGUAAUUUGUGGUGAAAGUGAAACAGUGCAUCGAUUUUGCAUGAUUGCGAGUGAUUUGAUGCGUAAAAUGGUUAAUGAUUAUUUACCGGAAAAAGAAGAUUUGAUGAACGAGUGCAGAAGUACUUUUGAGAAUGCAUCUACUGAUGGUCUUCAGGAAAAUGACGAUUUUUUACUGCGGCGGCAUUUUAAAUCAUUGGUUUGUCAAAUGAAGGAUCGUUCCUUGCGGUCGCUUGCAUUUGCUCGAAUGCUUCUGCGCGAUAUUGAAAUAUGUGCUCUCUAUAAAUUGAAAUCUACUGACAUGCAUAUCUACUUGUCCCAUUUACUUGCUUCUCGUCAUUCGCAAGUGAGCCACAUUGUAUUAUCUAUUUUUGAUGAAUAG